AUUCUGCUUUUGACUGUCGGCUGUGUUGCACGCUGUUAAAAUUUCUCUGCAAGGUGUGUGUGAAAAUUGGCAGUGAAAAGAAGGUGAAGUUUCUCAAGAGGAAAGUGGAAAAAGUAUUAAUUCAGUGAACUGUGGAAGUGUCUUGUUAUAUAACGGAAAUCCGCAGCUGGUAAACAGAUUCAAACAACAAUGGAAGUAGCAAAGCCGGAAGUCAAUGGAAGCCCACUGCCACAGCGGCAGCAGAAUAACCCUAAUGCCCAACAGCAGGGACAGCAGCAGGGUGGCCCCGGCGGUCUUCAGGGAGGAAAUCCCAACCAGGGCCAAGGUGGUGGCCCCAAUCAGCAGCAGCAGCAGGGUGGCAAACAACAACAGCAGCAGAACCGGAACCAGCAGAAUAAGAAUCGGGGCGGAAACCAGAAUCGGUUCGGAAAUCGCAACCAAGGAGGCGGCGGCGGAGGCCCCGGCGGAAACCGUCAGAACAAUCCAGAUGGCGGAAAUAUGGGCGGCGGUGACGGUGGCAAUCCGCAACAUCAGCAGCAGCAACAGCGUGGAGGUGGCGGAGGAGGCCCCGGUGGCAACCGUGGAAACCGCCGGAACAUGGGUGGCGAUGAUAACCAAGGUGGUUUCGACCGCCGUCGCAGUGGCCCUGGAGAGCAGUACUUCAUCAACGAGAAGCUGCGCAUGCUGCAGGGUCCCUUGAUGGACAUUCCCCCGAUUGAAACCGAGGAGGUCAAAUUCUCCGGCCGCAACCGGUUGUACAUCGGUAACCUGACCAACGACAUUACCGAAGAGGAGUUGGUUGAACUGUUCCGGCCGUACGGCGACAUCAGUGAAGUAUUCAUGAACAAGGAGAAGAACUACGCCUUUGUGCGUGUAGAUUACUUCUCCAAUGCCGAGAAGGCCAAGCGCGAGCUCGAGGGCACAAUGCGCAAGAACCGCAUGUUGCGAGUGCGCUUUGCACCCAAUGCUACUGCCAUUCGCGUCCGUAAUCUCACUCCAUGGGUCAGCAACGAGCUGCUGUUCAAGGCUUUUGAAGUGUUUGGACCGGUAGAACGCGCCUCCGUGCAUGUUGACGAACGCGGAAAAUCAACUGGAGAAGGCAUCGUCGAGUUCAAGAACAAACCAGGAGCGAUGGUCGCAUUGCGGUAUUGCAGCGAGAAAUGCUUCUUCUUGACGGCGUCCCUGCGGCCAGUCAUUGUUGAACCUUACACCUACCAGGAUGACACCGAUGGUCUGCCAGAGAAAUCCAUGAACAAGAAAAUUCCAGACUUCCAGAAGGCCAGACAGCAAGGACCACGUUUCGCUGAUCACGGAUCCUUCGAGCAUGAGUACGGUCAACGGUGGAAGCAAAUGCACGAGUUGUACAAGCAGAAGGCCGAGGCUCUGAAGCGCGAAAUGAUCAUGGAGGAGGAGAAAUUGGAAGCUCAGAUGGAAUUCGCCCGCUACGAGCACGAGACCGAGCAACUCCGAGAACAGUUGCGCAUGCGCGAGCAGGACCGUGACCGUCAAAAGGCCGAAUGGGAAAUGAAGGAACGCAUGGCGUCGGAAGCCAAACAGCGCAAUGACAUGCAGAUGAAGCACGACGUCGAGGAAAUGCAAAACCGCAUCAAGCGCACCGAUGAGGAACUGCACCGUCGUCAGCAGGAGAACAACGUAUUUAUGCAGAACCAACAGAUGGGUGCCCUAAUGGACAACAACGAUGACAACCGGCGGGCAUUCGAAAUGAUGAACCAGGGUGGCGGUGGAGGAGGCGGCGGUGGCAACGCCGGACCCGGUGGUAACAACUUUGGCGGCAUGGAGGUACGCGAUUAUGACCAUGGUCAGAACAGACCGUCCCGCUUCAACGACGAUGGCCCGCAACAGAACCAGCAGGGAGGAGGCGGCGGUGGCAACCAGCAGCGCAAUUCCUUCGGCGGUGGACAAAAUCGCAACUGGAUGAACAAUGAUCGUCGUAACAAUGAUGAUUUCCAGAGCAAACGAAGACGCUUCUAAAAAGCUUAAGGAAUAACGUUAAGUUCUCACUCACCGCCAACCAAUCAUUCUAUACACACAAGCCAGCUCGUGGAUGUGCUCUUGUGAUGUGCGUCGUGGGCUGCGCUUUCUCCGUUAAUAGCAGUAACAUCCCCAUAUUGGUUGGGAGGAUUAUCUCGUCAGUACAAUGAACAAAUUGUACUUCAUCCUAGUUUCGUUUUAUGUCCGUGACUCGUGAGACGCGACAGAAUGUAAAUCGUCUCGUCGAUAAAUUAGUUCAAGAGGGGGAGAAAGAAAAGUAUCAGGGUUAUAAAUCGAGAGAAUUUCACGUUUAUGGCUUAUCUGACAAAUCAAUAACUAUGAGAAAACAACCAAUGAAAUUCUCAAGUGCGAUUUUUGAUUCCAAUUGCAGAAAAAAUUCUCAAACUAUAUUUCCUAUUUCAUAAACCUACUUUAAAAACUCCUAUGAAUACCACACAUAUAUCCUACAAUUUCCUUUGCUAUUUCGUUCUAAAAAAAUCUGUCGCCGAAAACGUUCUCGAAUAAGUCAGUAUCGCCAGUAAUAUGUCAGAUAGUGUCUCUGGCAGAGAAAUAAUUUCCGAAGCGUUUCAUUUGUUUUGUCGUCAAAGAAAGUAAAAGGCAAGAAUUUUGCAUUAUGAAUACAAAGGGAGAAACACGGAUACGCGCGGCACUGUAAACGGUGCGCGACUGACUGUACCUUCCUUCCAAUUCAAUUUUAACUGAGAGAAAAAUGAGAGAAACUGAUUGUGUAUUUGAUGAUCUAGAGAUAUGUAACACAUAUUAUUUAUAACCCUGAUUUGGCUGAUGGACAGAGGUAGGUUUUGCCUACCGUUGGCUCUGUGCGCACGCAUACACAACUUGUAUUUGCAGCAGUACUAUUUAUAAGGACAGAAAAAUGGAGUUUUUUUUUAAUCACCAAGAUUAAAUCCUACGCGUAAGGCUUAAAGAUUAUAUCUUUUUACAAAUCACUGUGUAAUAAUUAUAAUAAUAUAAAUGAUAUUCAUUGGACACAAUAACCGAUGGGGUGGCCUUUAUUUGCACGUGGGAGGGAUGGGAUCGGUAACCCGAGAAAACACAUCUGAAAAGGUCCUGGAAAGGAAUAAACAAGUAGACAGGACAUUUCCAGCUAACAAUCAAGGGAACAUAAUGAGGAAGGAUUAUUGAUAUUACUAAACUAGAUUGCAAGUACAAUGAAACAUUUUAUAGUUACACAAGUAAUCAAUCAGCACGUGGAAUUCUAUAUUUCGUCAAAAACGGGCAUAUCGCGCUAAUGUUGAACUAUUGAACGACUCGUCGCCUUUGCACUAGCACUAUAUCCACGAUUUGGAGCGCUAAGUGCGUGAUGGUUACUUGGGUAAAUAUCCACCUAUAUUUUUUCCGGUGUACUGUAUGAGUUGCUGUUUACAUGGCGAAUGAUAUUAUCAAAAACAUAGUUUCAUGAUUUAUCAUUUAAUCACCAAUUCUUCAUUAUUAUUCUGAUGUAGAACAAUCUGAUCGAAAUAGUUACAAUACCUAAUAAUACCGGGUUGCUUUUUAUUUCAUUGAUUCUUAUUAUAUUCAUAAAACUCACACCAUUUAAAAAAAUGUUUUUCCUUUCUUUUGUACAUAAGCUGUCUUUUUUAGGAUCGGUGUAAUUUCCUAUUUUUUUUGUAUAUAAUCAUUGAUGGUCUUAUGAUUAUGCCAAAUGGCCAUUAUGCCAAACUUGGUAGAGCGCUAUUAACGACAUUAUUCAUUCCAUUUCAUUAGUGAUAACUUUGAGUGAUCGAUCAUAUUCGCUUGGGGUUACCCAAAUGUCCUAUGCUUAACGUCACUCGGGUAUCAAGGAAGCACAGUAUUUAAUUUAGCUGGAAUUGUUUUAUUCGUCCUAUAUGUGGAAUUGCAUAACAGGUUUAAGGUGAUUAUAAAACGAAGCCACACCUCAAAUUUUCAAGAGCACAAUAUUUGAGAACCAAACAGCGCUCCGCGUUGAAAAUUUAUCCCAUUGGUCACCACCAGCAAGCUAGUAAUUUGUUUGAUUUUCUAAGCGAACUGUUGUCAGAUUCUCCAGUCUUGUGCACUUGAAAAUUUGAAGUUUGGCUUCGUUUUAUAAUCACUUUAAAUCACCAUCGUUGCGGAUGGUAAGAAAUGUAUCGAUCUUGGUCCUUGUUCUACUUGUUUACACCUUGAGCAGAUAUCCCUUUCAACAUGACAUCUCCAUCUACGCCUAUUGAAUUUGUUAUUUAUCAACUGAAUCCAAUUUCUCAUGUUUGUUUAGUAGACGUAAGCGUUCUGUAUCUUGUAAAAAAGAUUUAACGUUUAACAUAAGUUCGUUGUUUCUGAGCAACAUUUUAAAACCAAGCAUAAAAAUCAGAUUCCGUAGAACCCUCUCGUGUAUACGCCAGUUAAUGCGAUAAAAUUUCCAACAGAGUUACUGUUUGAUUAUACGGACUAACGUAAGCAUUUUAGAUGAUUAAAAAAAUAACACGAAUGGAUAAUCAUUA